AAGGCUAUCAGAUUCACUCAUUGAAAGCUCCCGCUCUCUCUCUCUCUCUCACACACACACACACAACUUUUCUCAACUGCACUUGAAGAGGAAGCUUUGACAGUUGCCUCAUUUGCAACUACACUGUCACAUGUAUCUUCCUCCCUUUUCCUUUCCCUCUCCUGAUUUUUGAAAAAUCAGAGCCCAACUUUUCGGAAAGGGGCCUCCAAUUUGCAUGCCAAACCCCAUUUCAACAUCUCACUGCAUUAAUUCCCGGUACGUUCGAAUCUCCCCCACUGUUUAAACACCUUCUUUUUUGACCCAUAUAACGCAUUUUCGGCAGUUACACUUGCAAUUUUCAUUUCAAAAGGGGGCCUCACCGCUUCUAAACCACCCUAUUUCUGUCUCUAGAUCUGUUGGUUUUUUUUAUUGGAGUGAUUCUUGGCUUUUCUAUGCGUAUAUCUUGCUCCAAGAUUGGAUUUUUCGGCUUGCUAUGAUAUACAAGUCUUGAUUGGAGUGAUUCUUUGCUUUUGUAUGCAUACAUCUUGCUCCAAGAUUGGAUUUUUCGGUUGCUAUGGUGUAGAAUCACGUUAGGUAUAGGUGUGGUUGGAGGAUGCCAAGGCAGAAUUUAAUCAGUGUGGAUGUGAGGAUUGGUGGGAGGAAAUGCAAAGUGAGGAAGAGGGGUUGUUCAUCGUCUUCCUCGUCGUCAUUGGUGCAGAAUAACCGGUUGAAGCGAGCUUUUUUGGUGGGGAGACGAGUGGGAUCGAGCACCCCUGUGCCAAGGUGGAAGAUGAUGAGCUCGAGAUCACCAUCAAUGGAGAGUGGUGACAAGGCAGCACUCAAGUAUUUGGCGGUGAGGGGUGGCGAGGAGGCGAGGGAGAUGUCGAUCUCAGCCCGGAAACUGGCUGCCACUCUGUGGGAGAUUGAUGGCCUGUCUUCACCAAGAGUGAGGAGGGAGAGUUUGAAUGGGGUUGGGGGAGUUGUUAGGAGGGAGAGGAUGUUGGAGGAGGCGAAGAAGCCGGGAUCAACGGCUCUUGCCUUGUCUGAUCUCUUUGGUAGUCAUGUCUCUGAGAGAAUGGAAUCUUAUCCACUACAGAAGACCAGCCAUAGGAGGAGAGCUUCUGCAAGUUCUCAGAAGCAACUUCAGAUUGAAAGUGGUUUGGGAGGCACCAAAUCCCCUCAUAGUUGCCUCGUUGAGGUUGAUCAGGCACAGAACCAUGCCUGUAGCCCGUGUAGGCAUGUCGUUGGAACCAAGAAUCUUCUCAAGGACGUGUACAACGGCCUUAUAACUUCGAAAGAGUUGCUCAAAGUGAUGAGCCGGGUCAGCCAUCUCGACGAGCAGAACUCUGCGCGUGUAUCCCUUUUCUCGGCCUUAAAGUUUGAGCUCGACCGGGCUUGUAUCCACGUGAGUAAACUGAUCCAAGAGCAACGGAAGGGGGGUGAGAUUGCUGUUUUGUUAAAGCAGUUAGAAGAGGAGAAGUUGGUUUGGAAAUUGAAAGAGCAGGAUAAGAUUCGGAGGGCCAUAGCCUCGGUAAACGGAGAGCUCGAAUCGGAGAGGAAAAUGAGGAGGCGGACGGAGAGGCUUAACAAGAAGCUCGGUACAGAAUUGGCGGAGACGAGGGAGUCCCUGGCUAAGAUGAGUAAGGAGCUCGAGAGCGAGAAGAGGGCACGGGAGAUAUUUGAGCAAGUGUGCGAUGAGCUGGCUCGGGGAAUAGGGGAGGACCGGGCUGAGGUGGAGGAGCUCAAGAGGCGCUCGGCUAAGGUCUGCGAAGAGGUGGAGAAGGAGAGGGAGAUGAUGCAGAUGGCUGAUGUGCUGCGUGAGGAGCGAGUGCAGAUGAAGCUCGCGGAGGCCAAGUAUCAGUUCGAGGAGAAGAACGCGCUCGUUGACACACUGAGGAACGAGCUCGAGGCCUACCUGAAGUCCAAGAAUGGCGAAGAGCAGCAACAAGGCGAUGGCUCCCCGAGCUAUGACAAGAUCAAGGAGCUCGAGAGAUACUUGAGGGAGACGCUGCCUAGCCCAUACGAGUACCAUGGUAAAGCAAGAGACGACGUUUUGGAUGUCUCACUAGUAAACAGAGUUGAUCAACACGAAGAAGAAGACGAUGACGAUGAUGAUGAUGAUGAUGAUGAUGACGAUGAUGAUGAUGAGGAGGAGGACGACGAUUCAGCUGACAGCGACCUCCACUCCAUCGAACUAAACAUGGAUGACAUCAGCAAGAGCUUCCAAUGGAGCGACACGGCCAAAGCUGAGUCGAAGAGGAACUCAAUCGACAAGAGCAAAGGGAGAAGGUCCAUCAAGAAACCACCACCACCACCAGCAGCAGCAGUCGCUAUUUCAACCGAUGGGAACAAACAAGAAACACUAGACGUGUUCGACAGAAGAGGGCUAUUCGAGUUCUCAUCACAGCCAUGGAAGAAGAACAACGUGGAAGACGAGCUCGAGAGAUACAACAUGAUCAAAGACCUAAGAGACCACAUUGUUUCCACUUCAAGAAUUGCAUCCUCUCAAGAGGAUGAUCCUCCCAAUGGCGUCGUGCCAUGUCACGGCUAGCAGCUAUAGACGAGGCGUCGCGUCGCGCCUUGCGAAAAACUCUCCUCUAGCAUAUGUCAUGAAUUCAAGAGUGUAAACAGAAAAUUUUUGUUUCCAUACAUAAAGUGAGUAACUGUAUAAAUUAUGCUACUUUUUCCUCUGCAAGGAAAGAAAAUGAUAUAUUUCUUGAAAUUUCUUCUACCAA